UGAUGAUUCCACGAAUACAUCAACUCCGCCUCGCCGGUGUCUGCCGUCUUUUGUUCCGCGCCCCGCUUUGUUCUGUCAUGAAGUCUAUCUAAGUCGAUUUCUUUAAUCAUCUGAGUUUUGAAUUUUUGUCGCUGUCUCCAUUUCGAUCGCUUUACGUCGUGUCGUUAUACGCCUAUGUCUUAUGAACCCCUUCCGAGCUCAGACUAUAUCCGAAUCCUCGAGCUCUUCCCAGGGAGCGAGACCGAACCAUUAUGUGGGCAGCUUCUCCUAGUGCGCAGAGAAGAGGAUCACGAAACUCCCAGCUACGACGCAAUAUCAUAUGCCUGGGGAGACCCUAAUGACACCGUCGAAAUCAUUUGCGAUUCGAAACCCGUGCAGAUCACGAACAACCUCGCCGAUGCUCUACGGGUCUUCCGAGACCCCGGGAACAAGAAGCUGUUGUGGGUAGAUGCUCUCUGCAUUGAUCAAAACAAUGAUCUGGAAAAAGGCGACCAGGUGAAGAGAAUGGGGAGCGUAUAUUCCAAUGCCAAAUGCGUUCUGGUCUUUAUCGGCAAGGACGAGGAUUGCAUGGCCGAAGAUUGCUUCUCUCUCGUACAGGAGACGAACAGGUUUUAUGGCCGUUGGUGUGGCGAAACUGGUAUACUACCCAAUAUUCCGAGCCCCGAUGAUCCGGCGUUUACGGUCUGUAAAGACCGUAAACGCUGGGAGUCAGUCAAAGUGUUGAGACUCUCACCUUGGUUUACAAGACUCUGGGUUAUACAAGAGGUGGCGCUUGGGUCGAAAUGCCGACUCUUUUGGGGCAGAAAUUCUAUCAAUUUAGCUGAGAUAUGCGAACUUGCUCUUUGGAUAGUGAUUGUGGCUGAUUUAAGAGAAUUGGUUGGUUUCCGCAUGGGAUUUGUGGCUAAUUCCUUUCAUAUAUGCUGUUCGUACAGGAACAGGCAAGGUUGGAAGGUCUCUCUGCCGCUCAUAAGAGUAUUCACACAUCAAGAACAGAGGGAAAAUGACCUAUUCCUGACCAUGUUGGAUGCCGGAAGAGAUUUAUACACAUCGAAAGAUGUAGACCGAGUAUAUGGAUUUCUCGGUAGUCCCCUGGCGUUGGACAGCACAGGGAACCGGCUGCUUAUCAAGCCAGAUUACAGAAAAUCGAUGGAAGACGUCUACUUUGAAAUCGCAUGCGCAUUGCUUGCUCAUCCCAGAGAAGCUCGGUUUGUUCUAGUUUUUGUCGACCACCACCGAACCUGGCCCUACGAGAAUCACUAUACCUUCCCAUCCUGGGUGCCUCGUUGGGAUCUAGGGACUGGGCAUUGUCCCGUCGGAGGCUGUGAUAGCGGGUACUGUGCAGGGAUAGCCGAUGAGUCUGAGUUUCACGCAUGGACGCAGAGCGAUAGGUCACUCCGGCUUCCCUGUAUCCUCGUUGAUCACCUCGUGUGGACUUCUGAAGUUAUUGAACGCCACCAUAUGAGCCUCGAUCCAAACGAGUGGGAUGAGGAAAUAGGUGCAUCGGGCCGCGCUAGACCGCCCUAUGAUCAACUCUGCGACCAGGUCGUGGAAGCUUGUUCCUCUCACGAGUUCUCUUCCUCCAACUUGCCCGAAAUCUUCGGUAUCACAAUGAUGCACCAGUAUAACUGGUGCAACUCUGACCGAGUUGGUGCAACCAACGACCAAAUCCUCAGAGCAUAUCUACAAUACGCGCGAAGAAAAGCCAACUCUGGCGAUAUUAUGGCCGAUCCCCCAAUAGACACAUCUCUGGCCUAUCUUGGAACCACAAUACUAGGGCGUAACUACAACCGACGAGUGGCCAUCACCAGUUCCGGCUAUCUCGCCCUUGUCCCUUUGUUUUCUCAGCCAGGCGAUGUGUGCGCCGUCGUUCCCGGAAUGGGAGCACCCCUCACAUUUCGACCGCGAACGGAGGGGACGUAUAAUAUGGUGGGAGAUUGUUACGUGCAUGGGAUCAUGCUUGGGGAGGCGAUGGAGGAGCUCAAAGAAGGGAAGCGAAUCCUCGAGGAGAUUACUGUAGUUUAACGCCCGAAGGCGCUUGGCGGGGAAAUCAUCAGUGUGGAAGAACAAGAGCAUUCUACAGUCUUAUAUUCAAUCAUUCUAUUCCCCAACAGGGGUACUGAUUCACAAUAUCAUCCUCCCCUGGCACCUAUGGGAUGGUACUGCUCACUGGCUCUGAGCCUUGCCUCAUCCCAUGGGAUUAAAGUGGCGGUCCAACCGGAGGAAGGAAGGCCAGGGCGGGAGGCGGACUGAACACCGUUCCACUGGCUGGUGUGGCAAGGCGAAUUAGGAACCUACCU